AAAUCAAAGGAACAAUUCCGUCGGUGAGUCGAACCCGAAUUUUUCCUGCGUGAAAACUCCUUUUUGAACGUCAACCACAUCUGAUUUCUGACAACUACUUUUCGUUCUAUUUUGCUGGAUGCAACUACCAAUCAGGAGCUCGGUCGUUUGACUGGUCUCGAUACGCUUAUGCUUAAUCGUAACUUCUUACAGGGAACGAUUCCUGCAUCUUUUUCGAACUUGAUUGACCUCGGUAAGAUUUCGGUCGUUGAAAAGUUUCUAUUUUGUACCCGUUCACCACUACGAGAACUCCGCCUCAUAGUGCAACUUGCUCCCUUUCGUCUUUCAACAGAUGUUCUUAUUUUAGACGCAAACAAUAUUACUGGUAGUGCAGAUCCUAUUUGCGUAAAUAACACCGCUAAAUUGACUUUCUUGUCCUCGGAUUGUGGAGGACUCGAAAGUGAGGUAAAUUGCAGUUGCUGUACUGUUUGCUGUAACGACAACAAUGCCACAUGUAAUAACUUCGACUGGCGCGUAAACUUGGAUGGAAUCUGGGAAUACGACUAUCAACGUCUUGUAUACUCAUUCAGUCAGGAGCUCUUGCCAUCGAGUGCAAAGAUGAAUUAUACAAACGAAAAAUUGGAGGCGGAUUCGAACAUCGCUUCGAGUGGUAAUUCCACUAGAAAUUCUACGGGCGCUCGUGAGUAAGAAAACGGUGCUGGAGUUUCAACUCAUACUUCAUAUUUUUGUAAAAAGAACGCAAUGCGGUCAUGCGUUCAAAAAUAAUUGAACCCAGUUAAC